CUAUUUUCCACUCAGUUUCUCGUGGUUUAAAAUGGCGGCGUUGAGCAGCGCCGAGUCCCCACCGCCCGUCUUCAACGGAGACAGCAUGAACCGCGAUCCGGAGCGGGACCCGGGACUGGACGAGCUGGGCGCGGGGCUCGAACCUGCCUGUCCAGGAGGAGCGGCGAUCCCCGAAUGUCAACAGGACAUUCCCGAGGAGAUAUGGAACAUCAAACAGAUGAUUAAGUUAACCCAGGAGCACCUAGAAGCCCUUUUAGAUAAGUUUGGAGGAGAACACAAUCCACCAUCUAUAUACCUGGAGGCCUAUGAAGAGUACACCAGUAAGCUGGAUGCAUUACAGCAGCGGGAACAGCAGCUUUUGGAGGCUAUCGGAAACGGAACAGAGUUCUGCUCCUCGCCGACACUAACCCUGCUGGAUGUGAAGGGGCCGGGCACCCAGAGUGCCCCAAUCACCCCAAACACAUUGGCUGUCCUGCAGACCCCCACUGACGCAUCACGAGGGAAUCCCCGCUCGCCCCAGAAACCCAUCGUAAGGGUUUUCCUGCCCAACAAACAGAGGACAGUGGUUCCAGCUCGUUGUGGGAUGACUCUGAGAGACUCUUUAAAGAAGGCUCUGAUGAUGCGAGGCCUGAUCCCAGAAUGCUGUGCGGUCUACAGGGUUCAGGAUGGGGAGAAGAAGCCGAUUGGCUGGGACACAGACAUUUCCUGGUUGACGGGGGAGGAGCUCCAUGUUGAGGUUUUAGAGAAUGUGCCUCUGACGACCCAUAAUUUUGUGCGAAAGACCUUCUUCACGCUGGCCUUCUGUGACUUCUGCCGGAAGCUGCUGUUUCAGGGCUUCCGCUGCCAGACGUGCGGCUACAAGUUCCACCAGCGCUGCAGCACAGAGGUCCCGCUCAUGUGUGUCAACUACGAUCAGCUGGAUUUACUGCUGGCAUCAAAAUUUCUAGUGCACCAUCCCAUUACCCAAGAGGAGAUGUCAUCAGAGGGCACGACACCCGUUUCAGAGAUGUGCCCCUCCCUCCCUCCAUCCGAGUCCACUGGGUCUCUUUGCCAUCCUUCUGUAUCCCCGUCCAAAUCCAUCCCUAUCCCACAAUCCUUCAGACCUGGAGAGGAGGACCACCGCAACCAGUUUGGCCAGAGGGAUCGCUCUUCCUCGGCCCCUAAUGUCCAUAUCAACACCAUCGAGCCGGUCAACAUUGAUGAUUUGAUCCGUGAUCAAGGUUUACCGAGGUCAGAUGGAGCCCCCUCGCAACACCCAGCCCGCUGCUUGAGGAAGAACCGAACACGGACCUCAAGCCCCCUUCUGUCCUCCCACCCCAAUGAAAUUGUCUUUGAUUUUGAGCCUGAGCCAGUGUUCAGAGGCUCCACAACAGGCCUGUCGGCCACACCUCCUGCCUCCCUGCCUGGUUCCCUGCCGAAUGUGAAGGUGUCGAAAUCGCCGUGCCAGCCGAGGGAGCGGAAGCCAUCGUCUUCAUCUGAGGACCGCAAUAAAAUGAAAACUCUAGGUCGACGGGACUCGAGCGAUGAUUGGGAGAUCCCAGAAGGUCAGAUCACCCUGGGUCAGCGGAUAGGAUCUGGCUCCUUUGGAACAGUCUAUAAGGGGAAGUGGCACGGUGAUGUGGCGGUAAAGAUGUUGAAUGUCACAGCCCCCACUCCACAGCAGCUACAGGCCUUUAAAAAUGAAGUGGGUGUCCUCAGGAAAACCCGCCAUGUGAAUAUCCUGCUCUUCAUGGGCUACACCACCAAACCCCAGCUGGCUAUAGUUACACAGUGGUGUGAAGGCUCGAGUCUCUACCAUCACCUGCACAUCAUCGAGACCAAGUUUGAGAUGAUCAAGCUGAUUGACAUUGCCCGCCAGACGGCCCAGGGCAUGGACUAUCUGCACGCCAAGUCCAUCAUCCAUAGAGAUCUGAAGAGUAACAAUAUCUUUUUGCAUGAGGAUCUAACGGUAAAGAUUGGUGAUUUCGGUCUGGCUACGGUGAAGUCCCGUUGGAGUGGCUCACACCAGUUUGAGCAGCUAUCUGGCUCUAUCUUGUGGAUGGCUCCAGAGGUGAUCAGACUGCAGGAUAAAAACCCAUACAGUUUCCAGUCGGAUGUCUACGCGUUCGGCAUUGUGCUCUAUGAGCUCAUGUCAGGGGCUCUGCCUUAUUCCAACAUCAACAACAGAGACCAGAUUAUCUUUAUGGUUGGCCGAGGUUACCUUUCCCCUGACCUGAGCAAAGUGCGCAGUAAUUGCCCAAAGGCCAUGAAGAGACUUAUGGCAGAUUGUUUGAAGAAAAAGCGAGAGGAGAGACCUCUUUUCCCUCAGAUCCUGGCCUCCAUUGAGUUAUUGGCACGUUCUCUGCCCAAGAUCCACCGCAGCGCUUCUGAACCGUCCCUUAACCGCGCUGGCUUCCAGACAGAAGACUUCAGCCUGUACGCCUGCGCUUCCCCCAAGACACCCAUUCAGGCUGGUGGCUAUGGUGAAUUCUCAGCGUUUAAGUAGUGCUGCAAAUCCUACAACUCCAUCCCUUGUCAGUUUUUACGACGUCUUGUGUUCCUACGGUGGGUUCAUCCAUAACUCAGAAAAGGACUAGUUUUCAAAGAAUGUGCUGUUUUUCUUCCUCUUUACCCGAAGAGCUACAGCCUCAAUGGAAUUGCUUUAAAAUAAAAAAAGAUCUCUGCAGGGUGUCAUUGCUGAAUUUACAAAAAUGUCAUAAAACAUCACACAGGACAACUCGAUAAUGCAGCGUACAACAAAAAACGACUGAUGUGAGGACACCGAUGCCUGGUCACUGAAGGAAAAAAAGGCAUAGAUUGUGAAGGGGGAUACAAAUCUUUUCCCCAAGAAGGAUGAAUGGGGUUGGGAUGAAUUAUAUUGGAGCACAAGCCCCGCCUUCACUCCGCCCCUGGAGGCGAAGAACACACAGGAUUGGCCAAUCAGAAAACAGGGUCCAUAUUAUGGACUUGUGGCGUGGAAUGAUGGAAAAAUUGGCAUAAGAGCAAGGACGUCAAGUUGCCGUUGUGGAGAGGUGCUGGAUAUCACAAGAUAAUUUGAAUGAUAUUUAGAAACGUUUCUUUCUCUUGCAACGAGUUUGUUACGUUAACGUUGCUUGUGGCUGGAGUUGCUAAUAAUAAAUAAAAAAUUCUACAGGGUCGUAAGUUGUAGAUAAACAGACCCAGUAUUAUUAUUAUUUUUUGUUACAGGCAGGUUUGUGGGCUGGGGUAAAUGAAGCUACCAUUGAAAGACCUCUUUUUUUUAUAAAUAUAUUCUUUGCUUUUAAUUUUUUGUCAAGGCAAAUUCUAGGAUCUUUUAGUUUGCAUCCCCAUGAAUGCCCCUCGCAAAGACGUUUUUAGACUCUUUUGUUCGGCACAAAUUCCAUCAGACAUUUCCGAGGUGGGCAAAAUCAAAGCUGUUUCUGUGCUUCUGGAGAAUGUGAUUAUUUCGUUUUAUUUUGUUUCGCCACAUUCUAGUAGCUGACGUCAUGUUUCUGAAUAAGUCAAAGAUCAUAUUUGAAGUUUCUUGUAGAAAAAAACCCACUGUAUAAAGCAAACACGAAGCCUUGUUUCAGAUGUGGGCGUAUUUCGGAUGUAUUUCUGUACUUUUCACUACAAAUUUAUGCUUAACUGUUGUUAUUAGAAGCCAUUCCUUUGAGGCCAUUGUGGUUAAUAAUGGAUUUUUUUCAUUUGUCCACAAGUCAUGUGACUCUUUGGACCUUGCACCUCUGGAUUCAUUCCAAAAUGUUUGUUCACAGGUCAUAGUUUUUGUUGUUGUUGUUGUUGUUGUUGUUGUUUUUCAUAUAGUUUUUCUUGUGUUAUAGACAGGCAGGCCUGCAAAGUUACAUUAAUUUAUAUUGCUUUAAUUUUAUUACUUUUUGUUCGGUGUUGUUUCAAACUCUGGAAGAGGUGUGUAUAUGUAUGUGUGUAUAUAUAUAUACAUAUAUACAUAUACAUUUAUUUUCUCUCACCCAUUCUGUGAUUUGCUGAAAUGGACAUUAAGCAGUGUGUCUGUGCACUUUGUAUAAAUGACUGAUGCAGAUACGCAAUUUUGCCUUUUUAAAGACUUAUUAUAUUUUGUCAUAUGAAGAGGUUAAAGCAUGGUUACCGGAUUGCAAAAUUAAUGAAAAUUGAUUUCAAAAGCAGGCAGGGCCAUAGGACACUAAAAACCAAAGCUUAAACCAACCUUCUAAUGUCAUCUGUGUCCACCUUCGCCAUUGACAGAGAACGGUUAUCUGGAUCUUCGACCAAAUCUAUUCACCCUAUGAUUCAAACUGGCUUCCUCUGUACCUGCUCGCAAAGUGCGACAAAGCGGCGGCUCUUCGUUUCACGUUGGUCCAAAGACAUUUGCGUCAACCCUCUAGCAUAGCUUUGGGCUGUAGUGUGACACUAGCACUGUGUAGCCCUGAAGUUCGCCUAGACACUGUGGACGGUGGAAGUGCCCUCCUAGGAAUGCUUUUCAUUAUUUCGGCCUCUUCGUGUUGAAAAAAAGUGGCUCCACCUCCUUUUUUUUUUUUUUUCUUGUACGAAACUUUUGCUUUCGGCUCCACAAAAUGCUUGAUGUUGCACAUAUAACUGAGGCUCUGCGCUUGGUUCACCACUCGUGCUCCGUUGCAAAAGCGAGGACACGCGCUCCAUCUUCUUGCUUCUGUUGAGAUGGAUUGAUUUAUUUAUUUUGAGUCUCUUUUUAUUUUUAUAAGGAUGAUGCUCUGUGAAUUGUUUCAGUCACUUAAACUUGCCAUUAAGGAAAGAGGAGCUCCGUGAAUCCUUUUGUUUGUGACAUUCGUCACUGUUUUCACAUGUAUAGUUCCUUGACAAGACGUUUAAAUGGACUUGUUCUCAGAUUAAGCUGGCAAACUUAUCAUGGGUUGCGUAUGGAGGUAGUAGAGGUGUAUUUUAAGAGUGCUGUAUUUAUUUUCUAUGGGAAUGUUACUGAAGAAGUCUGACUUAAGAAGGACUGAUCCUUCUUUAUUCUGGAAUACUUGGGGACGUACUUGAUUACAGUCCAAAACCAUUAGUCUUUCACUACCCCCAAAAAAUAUUUUAUUUGCUUUUUAAAGCCUUAACCAAACACGUCCAUAUCACAUUCCUUUAUGUUGCCUUGCCUGCACUUUAAACCCCCACCCCAGUGCAAGUUCAUUCAAGUGAAAACUAUCAUACAAAAGUUUGGGAGACUCUUUUCAUCUGUAAAUAGCUGUAUAAAGGAAGUACUGUCCGUUUGCUAGGAGGCAUGGAGAUAAAAAAAAAACUAAACAAUGAAAUGACUUCAAAUGUUUCAACUUAAGAAAUGACAACGGUUAAGACAUUUUGAUAGAUGAAAUUCUGAGAAAAUAUUUCUGUGUAAAAAUAUUUAAGACUGUAUUAUAUAAAAGGAAAAAGAGCUUAAUGUAUUUGUUGUGAAUAUGAAAACUGAUAUAUUAAAGAAGUGCAUGAAAACUGUAA